GAGGCUCCGCAGCCUCCGGGUGCAAACGGCGGAGUGUGACUCUCUGACCGGUCGUGAAGUCGUCGGUCCUCCCUGGAGGUGUCUCUGCUCUCUCUGCUCCCCUCCCUCACAACACUUGUUCUCGGCUGUCAGGAUGUCUCCGUCCCCGCGCUGCUUCACGGAGAGGGAGGUGUCCCGGCACCGCACCAAGGACUCCUGCUGGGUGCUGCUGGGGACCCGGGUGUACGACGUGACCGCCUUCCUGCGGAUGCACCCGGGCGGCGAGGCGCUGCUCCUCCGCCGCUCGGGCCACGACGUGAGCCGGGAGAUGGACGGACCCCCGCACCGGCACUCGGAGAACGCCCGGCGGUGGAUGGAGCAGUACUACAUCGGGGAGCUGGACCGGAGCUGCGGCGGCGACGAGGCGCAGACCCUGAGAGAGAGGAGAAACGCCGCCGAGCAGACAGAAGGAACGAAGGCAGAAAAGACGACGGACAAGAAAGAAGACGAAGAUGAAGAAGAGGAGGAGGAGGAGGAUCAGAGCGGCGCAUACAACCGCUGCAGCCCUGUAGACCUGGAUAAGGACUUGGUGGACUGGAGGAAGCCCCUGGCCUGGCAGGUGGGCCACCUCGGAGAGAAAUAUGACGCCUGGGUUCACCAGCCAGUCGACCGACCAAUCAGACUCUUUGGAAACCCCUUACUGGAGGCCGGCACCAAGACGUCCUGGUAUUGGGUACCAGUGGUGUGGCUCCCUAUUGUGUUUUAUCUCAGUUGGUACUGCUACACAACCCUGGCACAGGGCACCACACGGAUAGUCCUCACUUCAGACGUCUCUCUCUCGAUCCAUAAGUCCAUUUUCCCGCUGCUCUUUUUGAUGGGCUGGUUCAUGUGGUCAUUCAUCGAGUACUGCAUCCAUCGCUUUGUCUUUCACAUGAAACCGCCGGCCCAUAACUACUACCUCAUCACGUUACACUUCCUCCUGCACGGACAGCACCACAAGUCUCCGUUUGACGGCUCUCGGCUGGUCUUCCCCCCCGGCCUGGCCUCCUUGAUGGUGGGAAGUUUCUACGUCCUCCUGCAGCACACGCUCCCAGAGAUCCUCGGGACGUCUGUGUUCGUCGGAGGACUCUGCGGCUACGUGGUGUACGACAUGAUCCACUACUACCUUCACUACGGCUCGCCGAAGAGAGGCUCGUACAUGUACGGCCUGAAGGCGUACCACGUCAAGCACCACUUUGAACACCAGAGGGCAGGUUUUGGAAUCACCUCCACGUUCUGGGACCACCCCUUCAACACAGUCAUCCCCGAUGAGAAGUUCUAACGCAGACCCGGCUCUUGUGAAGGGCCACAGGACUUGUCCCCCACCUUCUUUAGUAACCAGCUCACAUGCUACAAUCCACCCUGACGCUAGUUCAGCCUCUGCAGCCGCAGCUUCCCCCACCGGGGAGGAAGAUCCACGUCGGAAGACUCCCACAACUAAUCCGUCCCUGCACACGAUCACACAUAUCGGCCCUCUUUCAAAAUUCAGCCAUCAACGCAAUUUACUUCUGCUUCUGUGUGUGUGUGUGUGUGUCUCGUCCAGUCUGCACGACAAUGACCUCUUCAGUUGUAAGGCCUCUCUGUUUUUUAAUAACUAAAUCCAAACCUGUCACUGCUGCGCUCUCACUGCACCGACCUGCCACGACGCCACCGGAUCGCCAGUCACCACUUUGUCAUAUUCAGCCAUAGAGAAAGUGAGGGACACACAAUACACACAAUACACACACAUAAACAGGCACGUAAUGCAAAUCUUUGUCUUUUUCAUUGUUGUGGUUUCAGGUUUCAUUUUCCAGGUUUAGCUGUGGAUCUUUGUCAAAAUCAUAUUUAGAAACUUAUUUUUUAUCUUAAACACCAGCUGCUUUUUCUGAUUUCUAGACAUUUGCCAACAUCAUAGCACAAAUGGAACACACCACACACACACACACACACACACACACACACACACACACACACACACACACACACACACACACACACACACACACACACUCGUGCACUCUCCUGGUUUCCCUCAGAGACGGAGAGAGAGAGAGAGGGAGAAGGAAGUGAUAGAUGGAGAGCGUGAAUGUGGACGACGGACAGAAGAGAGGGGAGGAAAAAGUGACAGAAAGUGUACAUGAAGACUGUGAUUGAGAGAAAAGCCCCAAAUCGACUAACUCAGGAAAAACAUCAUAUUUCUUUAUCUCUCUUUUGCUUUAUCUGCAGCUUUAAUAUUCCUCGUCUUGUCCUCGGUGUCUGUGAGUGUGUGUGCGGGACGCUGCUACACGCUGCUGCACGCUGCUGCUCGCUGCUGCUCGCCGCUACUCGCCAUUACACGCCGUUACACGCCGCUACUCGCCGUUACACGUCUGUAACAGUCGACACAACUUCCCCCCCCUCUGCGUUUGCUCUCACAGGUUGUUUUUUUACUCUCAGAAAACAUUUGGUUUCAGAUAUUCGAACAUGCUGACAGUCGACGGUAAAGAUUUAACUUAUUAAUUAUCAGCCCCUGAGCUGCAGAAUGGAGGCGACAGUGAGGUGCAUUCGUGUGUGACGCGUUGUUAAGGUCGUGUGAAAGCACAGUUCUACAUGUUUGAAGCCACUGUGGAGAUGUAUUUUUGCAAGUCUAAUGUAAUAUUUCCUCUGUCAUUUUCUUUUUUUUUUGUCAUUAAUGAUACAACAAAGAUGUAAAACAAGAUAUUUUAUAAGAUGCUUUGUACAGAAGAGGAGAUUCUCUGAUCGCACCAGCUCUAUGUUGUCGAAGGGGUCGCACGAUUUUUUUUAUUUUUUAGAGAGGACGGUGAAUGCGUCCGUGCGUGGAUACCCAAUGUGUGUGGAUGUAGAGUGUUGUCACGGUGACGGAGGGGCGGAGCUGAAGGCAUGAGGCCAGCUUUGUCAGACUUCCUGCUGGGGAUCUCAGGGUCAAAGGUCACGGGGGAGCGAGGCGACCAAGGUUUUAGUCUCUUGGUCGUCGGACAGGCGACGUUAAAGCUCUUCGGUCUCGCUCCUUCCAUCCGGAGCCUCUGGGGUGUUUGACCCUGCAGAUCUCUGCAGGAUGACGAGGACCCUUCUGACUGCGGCGGCGGGACGGUCUGACAGCGGCUGGCGGAUCCUCGCACACGUCUUCUCUCAACGCCCGACAGCAACACCGAUAACUGAAGCAGAACAAAGUUAAUUCAAAACUGUUUCCACAGAAUAAUAGAGAACAGUGAAGAUAUUCUUACGAGGGCAGAAAAUAAUUUAUCAACUUUUCUAGUUUGGAAGAAAAAGAGACUUAAUUGAAUAUUAAGUAUGCACAUAUGUUAAAUGUAACACAGAUAACAUGCAAUAAUCAAUUUUUAUAGAAAAUUAUAACCAUUUUUGACGAAAAUUCAAUAUUACAGUUGAGUGAUUUCAGUUUUCUAAACAGUGCAGCGAUAGUGAAGUCGUCAGGUCACUCGUAUGCGGGUUGUGUUAUCAGUUUUCUCUCGGGUUUCCAGUGUCGAGCUGCGACUGAUUUUUAUCAACAAAGUGUGUCGUGUUUUCUACAACAACACACACGUCGGUUAAUGAAGUGUAACUUUUAAUGAAAUGUGAAACUUUCUACCACAAGGACGUUUCAGAAGGAAGGAAGAAUGAUGAUGAUGAUGAUGAUGAGUCUAAUAACACAUAUUGAUCAUGAUGGCUGCUUGGCACAGAUCUUUAUUCUUAUUUAUGUAUAUUUAUAUGAUAAAGAUGACAAAGAUUAAAACGACAACUUGUAAUCUUUGAUCGUGACAAGUUUUUCCCUUGUGCUAAAUUAUGCUGCACAAAAUAAUGUUUCCUAAAUCUGUUUACUAUAAUAUCCUAAAACCUGUUGGAAUUGUAAACCUCUAUGCAAAUGCAAACGUAUUUGUAAAUAAAUGUCUGUAUAUUUCUGAU